AUGGCGAUGAACGUUCAGUCCAAAACUGCGAUUGUCACUGGAGGAGGUUCUGGCAUCAAUUUUUGUUUUGCAAAAUUGCUACUCAGCCGAGGAUGUAAUGUCGUCAUUGCAGAUUUAGCUCUGCGUCCAGAAGCACAGGAAUUGGUUUCGAAAUAUUCCGCAUCUUCGAAUGGAGCAAAAGUCGUGUUCCAACAAACGGAUGUGACAGAAUGGGCACAGUUGGAGAAAAUGUUCGAAAUAGCAAUCGAGCAUUUUGGUGGUGCAGAUAUCGUUUGCCCGGGAGCUGGCAUAUUUGAACCACCAUUUUCGAGUUUUUGGAUCCCUCCCAAUAACCCUCCUUCAGUUGAUAAAACCUCCGAGUCGAGGUACAAAACACUUGACAUCAACAUCACACAUCCCAUACGCACGACCCAAAUGGCGAUAGGGCAUUUUAUGAAACGAAAGAAGCCUGGAGUUGUUAUUCAUGUAUCCAGUAUCGCCGGCCAGAUUGCAUCCUUCCCGAGCCCGAUGUAUGUCGCCUCAAAACAUGCCAUAUCAGGUUUCGUUCGUUCAUUGGCACAGUUGGAAUUUCCCACUCCAGAUAUCCCAAAAGUACGUGUCAGUGCGGUUGCACCGGGUCUAAUCAAGACUCCACUAUGGACAGAUCAUCCCGAAAAAAUGGCAUUUCUCUCCAAAGAGGAUCCGGAAAACUCGUAUUGGGUAACUCCUGAAUCUGUUGCCGAGAGGAUGCUAGAACUUGUCGAAAGUGAAAAGUAUCUUGGGGGAACAAUUUUAGAAGUUGGAAAAGGGGUGAGGAAAGUGGAAGCCUUCAAUGAUCCAGGGCCUGUAGAGGAAUUCAAAUCAGCCACUUAUGUAUCUCGUGAGAUUUUGGAGGCUAAUAUAUGGGCAUCUUUGGAGAGACAACACCGAGACUAA